AUGUCCAAACAAUCACAUUUCAUCAAUCAAUCAUCGAGGACCUCUCAGCAGAAGAAUGAACUUGCUUUCUCCAUUCAGUCAGUGCACAAGCCAAGUCUCUUUGACAGGAAUGGCAAGGAACUCUAUGACAAUCGUGUUCUCCGCUGUCUGGUGAUAUCACCUGCUGGCCAGCCAAUCUACAAGUACAAAUCACCCUUGGAGCUACUCAUGGCACUUCGUGAUGCAAUAAAGGCGCAUCAGUCUCUUUUACCUGGAUGGAAACAUUCUUCAUCAGGAUAUUCCAGAGAACAAUAUAAUAAUAACCAAUCCUGA